AUGGGACCAAGCGAUAAAAGCUGGGGAGGAAAAUGUGGUGUAAAGUCCCGUGCUCUCACCAGGAAAAGGAAUGGGACGCCGUGGAGGACACUAGACUUUAACCAGAAACGAAGCAAGAUAGCGUGUCGCCCACCGAUUUUCAGGAAAACUCUGCACUUUUCAGCUAACUAUCUCCGAGAACUCGAUUCGAGAUACCAAAAAGGGCUUCCUUUACCAGCCUGUGUUGGCAUUCGCGGAAUCUUGUACCGAGUGAGGUUUCUCCGCAGUGACUAG